AUGCUGAAUGAUACAGAAAAUGAAGAAAUUAAGGAAGAUGGAAAUGUUGAAUUAAUCAUAGAGAUUGAUGAGAAGAAAAUUGAUUACUGUAGAUAUGAUGUCGUAAAUGUGAUAUACUAUUUAUCAGUGGCAGAUUCCAAUAAUUAUACAAUUAUUUGCAUCAACCUGCUUAGUUACGGUAAAAGUCGUUCUCUAGACCGACAACACGAAGUAAAUCGAUGUAUGAGGAAUGUAUCUUUUUGUGUGGAGCUUAUGCAGGGGGAAGAUCCUCGAACAGCAAUACAUAUUGCUAGACAAGGAAAACAGCUCGUCAACGGUGUGAUUUUGUUGGCCAUAGCUGCUUUCAUUGAUCUACGUGGAACACGCGUUUUCCGUGGUGUAACUUUGAUCAAAACAUUGAAUUUCUCGGAAAUUGGAAACAAAUUAGUGGGAAGACUAGAUUGGCAUUUGCCGAUAAAAAUGCGUACAUAA